AUGACAACUGUUAUUCGUAUACUCGCAUAUGGUUGUGCAGCCAAUCACUAUGAUAAGUAUAUUAAAAUCGGUGAAAGCACUGCCAUUAAAUGCUUUAAGGCAUUUUGUAAUGCUAUUGUUGUUGUGUAUGCAAAGGAGUAUAUGCGUCCACCCAACAAAGCUGACAUAGCACUGCUGCUUGAAGAAGGGGAGCAGAGAGGAUUUCCGGGUAUGCUUGGUUCUAUCGACGGUUCACACAAUGAUAUAAAUGUGUUGGAUCAUUCCUCGAUAUUCAAUGGUAUCGUCAAUGGCCAAUUACCUCCGGUUAAUUAUGUAGUGAAUGGACAUCACUAUAGAAUGGAGUAUUACCUGUCUGAUGCAAAGAAAGAUGUGGAACGGGCUUUUGGAGUAUUGCAAAUCAAGUGGGUAAUAACGCAAAGACCAGUGCGUUACUGGGAGAAAGAUGACUUGCGCCUCAUAAUGAAAACGUGCAUCAUCCUUCAUAAUAUGAUCAUUAAAGAUAAGCGUCACGCAAAUAUUGGAAGAUGGACUCCGCUACCGGAGGAUACAAUCCCGAUUCCCAUUUUAAGUCAAUGCCCAUAUGUUUUAGCGACACACAUAUCCUCUCGCCAACUUCAGAUUCGUAAUAGAGAGACAAAUACGCGGUUGAGGAAUGAUUUGAUGGAAAAUUUGUGGAACCGCUAUGCUGAUGAAGAUGUUUAA